UGCCCCUGGCUCCUGCACCUGAUGCCACCCAGCUCGCCCACCCUCUGGCUCCUGCACCUGAUGCCGACCAGCUCGCCCGCCAUCUGGCUCCUAGACCCAACUCGCCCAUGACUCCUGCACCGGAUGCCAAUCAGCUUGCCCACCCUCUGGCUCCUGGCUCACCCCUGGUUCCUGUGCCUGAUGCCACCCAGUCUCCAGCUUCUGAACCUGGCUCGCCCCUGGCUCCUUUGGCUGAUGCCACCCAGCUUACCCACCCACUGGCUCCUGUGCCUGACUUGCCCAGCUCACCUCUGGCUCUUCCGGCUGAUGCCUACCAGCUUCUCCAGUCUCAGUCCCUUGUGCCUGACUCCAACCAGCCUCCAGCCCCUGCACCUGAUAUUGACCACCCUCUGCCUUCUGUAUCUAACUCCAAUCCAUCUCUAAACUGUGUAUCAGAUUCUAGUCAGUUACUGGCCGCUGCUCCCAAUUCCAGCUGCCCUGCCCAGGCUUCAGCCUCUGUGCCCGUUGCUGACAGCCUUGCUCAUACUCUGGUCCCUGCCCCUGCUGUGGCAGAUGGAGAAGAGAACCCCUUCCUAAUGCAGAUGACCCACGAGGGAGUGUCUGGUGCCCAGUGGGAUCCUGUCACCUCACUUUCACUGGAUGUGGUGGACACCAAUGACUCAGGGGUCACUUCAUUGGCCGAGAGCUCAGAUUUUCUCUCUUUGGAGAAUGAGGCAUCCAUGGGCCACUCUGACAGAAGCCCUGAAACAAUGGGUCAGCACCUGGCUACACAUUGUGGGAAGUCCACACCUGACUACACCUCCAGGCCCUCCUUGGGAGGGUGGGAAACGUCCACAGACUCUCAGAGUAGAAAUUCACCAGAGCCACCCUUACUAUUAGCUUUCUCCAACCCAAUCCACUUCCUGCAGUUCAGCCCUCCAUCGCCACCAGCCAUCAGAACACUGUACCAACAGGAUGCAGUCUUCGAGGUGCCCCAGUGGGACCAGACACAGGCAGGUCCCACCAGCAUGGAUACAAGGAACACAACAGCCCCUGCAGUGAUGAUAGAGAAAGCAGAGGGCACUAGGACAUGCAAGCAAAAGAUGGAAGGGCAGGGAGAACCGCUUCACCUUGCGACCCAAGUGAAAGAGGAGUUGGCCAGACAUGCACCCUUGGAGAAGUCAUCAAGUUGGCCAGAUAAAAAAGUCAUCAGGGUGAACAUGAAGGAGCGGGGACUCAAUUCAGAGAGUCAGGAGAACGCGAUCAAACGCCGAGCAAAAAGCAAAGACUGGCACCGGCAGGGCCUGAGGAAGAUGUCAGUACUGCCAGACAACUUACAAGAGGAGGGAGCACACAAGGACCAGCCAACCAGCUUAGAUACAGUUAUACUUCGGAAGAAGAAAUCUGCAGCCACACUGGAUAAUUUCAAGCGCCGACAGUCCAAACUGAUCAACUCCUCAGGGUUACUCUACCAGGAGUACAGCGACGUGGCUCUGAACAAGGCAAUCCAGAGCCAGAAGAGAGCGGAUUCUUUGGCAGAGGACUUCGAACUGAGCUCUCCGAGCUCCCCGAGGUUACGGAGGAAAGUGCUGUCUCAGCAGGAUUCGUAUCUUCAACGUCUGUCAGUCUCGUCCAACGCGUCCCUCUGGCAGGACAUCCCCAUGAUCCGAGGAAGCAGAAUGCUGCUGAACAUGUCCCGAGAUGAUCAGAAACUGCAGGAGGCCAAGUUCGAAUUGAUCAUGUCAGAGGCCUCAUACUUGCGCAGUUUAAAUGUGGCAGUGGAUCACUUCCAGCGCUCAUCAGAACUCCAGGCACUCCUCACCAAUCAGGAGCGCAAGUGGCUUUUCUCUCGCCUGCAGGAGGUGCGUGAUGUCAGUGCCAGUUUCCUCUUCGAGCUGGAGGAGAAGUUUGAGGAGAACAUGUUCAACUUCAACGUGUGUGACGUGGCUCUGAGACAUGCCCCUGAAUUCCGCAAGGUGUAUCUACCAUAUGUGACAAAUCAGACCUAUCAGGAGCAGAUUUUCCAGAAGCUAGUGACAGGGAAUGCAAGGUUCCAGCAAGUCCUGGAGAAACUGGAAAGCGCCGCCGUCUGCCAGCGCCUCUCCCUCAAAUCCUUCCUCAUUCUCCCCUUCCAACGCAUCACCCGACUCAAACUCCUCCUACAGAAUAUAUUGAAGAGAACCCCGCCCGAGUCGGAUGAAGAAGUGCAGGCCACACAGGCUUAUGAUGCACUGGAGAAGCUCAUAAAGGACUGCAACGAAAAUGUCCAGCGCAUGAAGAGCACUGAGGAGCUGAUCUACCUAAGACAAAAGAUUGAUUUUGAGUGCAAGAUAUUCCCACUGGUCUCACAGUCAAGGCGGCUGGUGAAGUGUGGUGAGCUGAUGGCGUUGUACAACACUCUGAGCACCAAGGGGAAACCUACCACCCGCCCCAUCUACCUGCACCUCUUCAAUGACUGCCUGCUCCUGUCCCGGCCCAGGGAGGGUGGGCGCUUUGUCGUGUUUGAUCAUGCUGCAUUUUCAGAUGUACUUGGGGAGAAGUGUGAGAUGAAGCUGCAUGGGCCAAACAAAAAUCUUUUCCGUCUUUUCCUCCUUAAGAACAACCAGGGGAAAAGAGUGGAAUUCCUCUUUCGCACAGAGACACACAGUGAGAAGCUGCGGUGGAUCUCCGCUCUGGCGCCACCACGAGGAGAACCAGAUCUCUUAGAAAGCCCUGAUUCACCUCAGGUUCAGUGCAUACGGACAUACAAAGCUCGGGAGAAUGAUGAGCUGGCUCUGGAGAAAGCAGAUAUCCUCAUGGUCAUGCAGAACAGCAACGACGGCUGGAUGGAAGGAGUGAAACUCUCAGAUGGAGAGAGAGGCUGGUUUCCCUCAGAGCAUGUGGAAAUGAUCUCCAGCAAACACGCACGCCAGAUGAACCUGAAGGAGGAACAGCGUGUGAAGAAUGCCAAACAGCAGGUCUUCUGCAAGAAAUAGGAUUCUCCACUUCCUGUUGCACCCUGUACAGUCUCUCUGGUAUGGAGAAACCUGACUUAAGAAACCCUCUCUCUGCCACAUUCUGGAAGAAACAACUCUGCAGAAACAAAAAAUGAGCACUUAGUACUGUCAGACAAAGUGCUGCUUCUAAAGAAAGCAGGAAUUCAGCCAGGAGUAAAUAUAUUCACUUCUACUUCCUCUGUAGUCAUGGUGAGACCAAGGAAGGAAAAGAAACUGCAUAUAUUGCUUGCCUUGUAGUAGUAGAGAGGGAACAUAAGAGAGGAGAGGACUGAGACUCAGGACUCUUGGAAAUCUGUGCCUGAUUUUGCCACUGACAAGAUGUGUGACCUUGGGCAAGUCACUUCAGAACUCUGCCUCAGUUUCUCCAUCUGUAAAACGGGGAUAACACUUACCUACCUCACAGGAUGUUGUGAGGCUAAAUUCAUUCAUAUUUGUAAAGCGCUUUGAGUUCCUGAGAAGAAAGGCACUAUAGACAUGUAAAGCACACUGUAGUUAAGGUCGAGAAGAGCUUUUCAUUUCAACCUCUUCUUAGGGUUCUUUAAGUGGUUUUAAUUUCCACAUAUUUUCAUUUAAGAUAAUAUAUAAUGGGCCAAAUUUUCUGUUGAUGUAAGUGGGUACAAUUCCAUUGACUUCAACGGCAUUCUGCACUUUUAUACUAGCUCAGUUUAACCCAGUCUCAGCAAAAGAUAAGUUUUAGAUAGUAUGAGAAAAAUCCAUUAGCUAGGUGAGCAUGGGGAAAAAGAAAUUUUUCCCUCUAAAGUGUUUUUCAGACCUUCUUUUGGAAAAAUUUUCAAAAAUAAUUAGUGAUUUUUGGGCGCUCAACCUGAGAUACUUUUUCUGGAAGUUCUGGGCACCUGCCUUUGGAAAACAGUGUCCCAUAAUCACUAGUCACUUUUGAAACUCUUGACCAAGAUUAUGUUUUACCAUGUUGGCAUACGCUCUGUACUUAAAUUUAGUUGUUCUUGAAUGGCAGGAAAGUGGAACUGCACUGCGUAUGCCUAAUCUAUUAUAGCAGAUGUGAUGCAACAUGCAACAUUUUGCACAAUUAUAAAACAUAAGGAAAUCUAUAAACUAUAGAUAUUUUUAAGCAAAACAUGUAACUGCAGUUUGUUAUGGUUCCAUUUCUGUGCAAAGUCAUCAGGUUUUAAGUGCAGCUGGAGAACACUGCUUCAAACUGUAAAAUAUUUCUUCUUCUGUAUUAAACAAAGGAGGGUUUUGCAUGUAAUUAUGCUAAAACAACAUCAAGGUUGAGAAUUUGAACACUGCAAAGUAUGAAAGCAACACAUGUAACCUUCUUGCUUCUAAUGUAUUUGAAGAAUUAUUGACCUUUGUAUCUCUGGAUCUUUGUAAUAUCCUUUUGAUUUCCCUGGCAUAGUUUGUUCCAGACUAUUUAUGCCAGUCAUUGAACUGGAUUUAAUUUUUGUUUGUUUGUUUUUGUUUUUAAGAUUUUUUUUGACCUAAUAAACUUAUGC